CUCCAAACUCGCAGGGCUUAGCUCCAGCGCUCGCUCAGCCACCGCGAGCACCUAGAGGGACCAGAGCCGGCCGCACGGCCUGGUGCUGGGUAGGGUCGCAGGCGCCAUGGAUAGCGACGACGAGGUGGUGGAGGAAGCCGUGGAAGGGCACCUGGAUGAUGACGGUUUGCCACACGGGUUCUGCACUGUCACCUAUUCCUCCACGGACAGAUUUGAGGGCAACUUUGUGCAUGGAGAAAAGAAUGGACGCGGGAAAUUCUUCUUCUUUGACGGCAGCACCCUGGAAGGAUAUUAUGUGGAUGAUGCCCUGCAGGGCCAGGGUGUUUACACCUAUGAGGAUGGAGGUGUUCUCCAAGGCACGUAUGUGGAUGGGGAGCUCAAUGGGCCAGCCCAGGAGUAUGACACCGACGGGAGGCUGAUCUUCAAGGGACAGUACAAAGACAACAACCGACACGGAGUGUGUUGGAUCCAUUACCCAGAUGGAGGCAGCCUCGUUGGGGAAGUCAAUGAAGAUGGGGAGAUGACGGGGGAAAAGAUAGCCUAUGUGUACCCUGAUCAGAGGACUGCACUCUACGGGAAGUUCAUUGAUGGAGAAAUGCUUGAAGGGAAACUGGCCACCCUCAUGGCCACCGAAGAAGGGAGGCCACACUUUGAACUGACGUCAGGAAGUUCCGUGUACCACUUUGAUAAAUCGACUUCCUCCUGCAUCUCUAGCGAUGCCCUCCUUCCAGACCCAUAUGAGUCCGAGAGGGUUUAUGUGGCCGACUCUCUCAUCUCCAGUGCUGGAGAAGGACUGUUUUCCAAGGUAGCCGUGGGACCCAAUACUGUUAUGUCUUUCUAUAAUGGAGUCCGAAUUACACACCAGGAGGUCGACAGCAGGGAUUGGGCCCUGAAUGGGAACACUCUCUCCCUGGAUGAGGAGACAGUCAUUGAUGUGCCUGAACCCUAUAACCACGUGUCCAAGUACUGUGCCUCCUUGGGACACAAGGCGAAUCACUCCUUCACUCCAAACUGCAUCUAUGACCUGUUUGUCCACCCCCGUUUUGGGCCCAUCAAGUGCAUCCGCACCCUUCGAGCUGUGGAGGCUGAGGAAGAGCUGACCGUUGCUUACGGCUAUGACCACAGCCCCCCGGGGAAGAGUGGGCCCGAAGCCCCUGAGUGGUAUCAGGUGGAGCUUAAGGCCUUCCAGGCCACCCAGCAAAAGUGAAAGGCUUGGCCCUGGGUUCCAGAGACCUGGAAUAGAAACUUGGAUCUAUGCACUACAUUUAUCUGACAACGGGACAACCAGGGACUGUUCAUGCCGUGACGUCACAUCCUCUCACCCUGCGUUAGCAACGACUCUCUCGCAUACUAACUAGGUUUGACUGUAUUACUCAUACCAGAUUUAAAAUUAGCUAGCCUUGCAACAAUGCCCUACUGAGAGGUACUGUCGAACUGUAGACAACAUGAUGUUCUUUGAUGGUUGGAGUCUAAAUCUGGACCAUGUUCAGAGAUACCAAAUGAUUAGGCUGAAAAAGGGAAAUGGGGGUUCUUUGAUCAGUUUUGGGGUUUUUUUUGUUUGUUUGUUUUGUUGAUGAUGGCUUUUUUUGUUUUUUGGUUUUUUUUUUUUUUGUUUUCCAUGAUGUUUUCUCUAUGGCCAGUGCAAAUGGUGUUCGGUCACCCUUGCAUGUUGCCAACAGCAGGGCAGGAAGCGAUAAUAUCUUUAUAUACAUGUAGGGUCAUUUGCCUUUUAACCUUUGAUCUGUAUCUCUUGCAAUAGAAUGGCUUUGUUUUUUGUUGUUACUCUCCUAGUGAACUGAAGCCCAGUCUUUUGAGCCAUUUCUUUAGCUUCACUAUGUUAGCUCUACUUUACAAGAGAAAGCUUCCAAACGGAUUGUGCAUUCGUAGCAGUGUACAGGUCUCUCUGGUUCUUUCUCUACCACUUCAUUCUUAUGUCCUGAUAUAAAGCCCUGGCUCAUAGGGCCAGAGUCUUAUUAUAGACUUACUAUCUCUAUUCUCGCAUGUAAACAAAGAUAUCUUUGCUUUCAGAUGUGAGAAGAAAUGAACUUACCUUGUUUGCAUUAAGUUAUGAAAGAGCUGUAAGAUAUACUUUCAGGAAGAAGAGAGGAAAAUUAGUAUUUCUAAGCAGUUGUUCUGGCAAUUUUGCAGUAUCUUCAGUAGUGUGGGUAAUUCUUUUUCUUCUUGGGUACACAUUAAUUGUACAUAACCUAGUGCAGUCUGGCUUGUGACACAGCUCACUGAAUUCAAACACAGUAGCCAAUGUGCAUUCCAAAGCAGAAUGCAAAAUCCUCUCUGAAGUCAGUGUCACGAAGGCAGACAUGCUGAUCACUAGGUCCAAACCAGAUCUUUAGCUGAAGCUUCUCAUCACAGCGAUUUCAGAGCACUUAGCUGCUUCCAGGAGCUUGAAGCCAAGAGCUCGCACCUGCGCGGCUAAUCCCGCUAGUGUUUCAGCCUCCUCACGAAGCCAUAUGUAAUCACAACUGCAGAAAUACAGAGAAAACCCCCAUUAUUUUAGUUUAGCACAUUAGAUCUGUAACAUAACUGGAUCGCUCUGAAUGAAUGCCGAGUUUGGGGGCACCUCCCCAAGGCGUCGCUCCAUCACCAAGAAGGCCUGGGUACAAGAGUGCUGAAGCCUGCUGCUGUCAGCAGUGCUACUGUAGCCUGUGUCGGUUUAGGCUUAGGAGCUAAAGCUUUCCAAGCUGCCGUAGAUCGUUGAGGGAGCUGGAAAUGGGGAAAGAUGCUUAACUUGGGAGUGGGUGGGAAUGGAGGGAGGAGACGGCUAGAGAGAGGUUUUGAUAUUCUGUGGUCAGUUGCAUCUUGUUCUUCAUGGCUUUCACGAGUGCUCCAUCCGGGGCUGUGACAGAGCUUGUCCAUCAGACAGCCCCAGGUGGAGACCUCAGCCCUCAGUUAUGAUAGCCACACCUCGGCUCUUUCACAAGCUUCCUGACAGACCUAACGUCAGGCUGUGCACCCAGGUGACCCAUGCUUCCUGGGAGUGCUAGCCACAUACCUGUUCCAAAGCUUAAGGAGACAGUUCCCUCGGGAGAAACAUCCUCAGGACUUGUGAGGAGCCUCCUGCAAAGCGGGCAAGUCAGCAGGAUAGGAUGGCUUCUGUUCUGUAGAAAGAGACCAUUCAGUAAACUGUGACAGAAGGUCCAGUCUGUGGAUUUGAAUUCCGUGAGGAGCUUUUAUGUAAAUGUGUCCAAAGAGGAGUUGGCUGCAUUGGGGAGAAAGAUGGCUGACUUCAGUCGCCAGAUGAGACAGAGGAAGAGAGGGUAGGUCCCACCUCCAGUUGCCUGGGCUCACAGGAUUUCACACUUGGGGAUGGAACCUUAUCCUCAGUUGCUAAAGGGGCUCAACCUCUAUCCUAAAGGGCUACUCCCUCUAGCAAUCUCAUCCAAAUGGAACUCAAAAACAAUUUGGGGGGCUUGAGGGCCAGCAAUAUGGUUUAGCAGGUAAAGGUGCUUGUUGCCAAGCCUAUAGCCUAUACAGUAGAAGGGGAGAACCAACUCCUGAAAGCUGUCCUCUGACCACACCCAGCGUGCCAUGCACACACUGCUCCACACACACACAAAUGUGGCAGGGAAACAGGCUGAUGUUCUUUUCCCAUUCCACAGUGGAGGAAGACAUACUGACUUCAAACCCAGCAAUGUGUCUGUGGCCCUGAGACAAAUCACAGGAAGCCAUUCUCACAGCUGAGCCUCUCUCUCCCCUCUUGUGUGUUUCCGGUGCCUUUCUUCCGCUGUGUGAAAAGCCUAGGUGUAUGUGCAGAAUGGCAGCCCUGCUGAUUGCUCCACCUCUUUAUGUCUUAAGUUCUGCUCCUCUCUUGCCGGACUCUGCCUUUCCCUGACUGUGACCCACUGUUUCCCCACCACCACCACCUCCCCCUUCCCUCUCCCUCCCCCUCCUUCCCCUUUCCUCUCCCUCUCCAAAAUACCCAGCAUCAUUACAGGUUGCAACUGUUAAAGAGGCCAGAACGUCACUGUGGGACAGAGAAGCGGACAGCGUAGGAAUUAGCUGCUGAGGGAGAUUGGGGUUUGCUCCUUGCUUGAACCAAAAUGGAAAAGCCUCAGAAUGGCCUUCUACUUCACAUCUGCUGUAGAAGGGAAUAGGAAGCAGACAAAUCUGGUCGUCUCUCAGGAUCAUAUUCACAAACAGGCAUGAUUUGAGAUUCUAUGUGGUAGAGAAAAAGAAUUAACUGUCUGCUGUCUUCCAAACAGCUGGAGCUUGCACACUUGCCUGACGCCUUGGUCAGGGGACUCAUUCAGAGCUGUCUCAGUCCAACCCUGCAUGACUUGAUUCAUCUUUAGCAUCUUUUCUAUGAUGAACUAUUAUUACCUUGUGUUAGAGUUAGGAGUUAGGACUAGGAAUUAAUCCACAGAGCAUGUUCCCCUACUGGGGCAUUUGCUGGAACUAACAAAAGCAAAAAUAAGAACUGAAUUUAGGACACAAAAGAAUGAUAAGGUUACAAAGUAACAGGCAGAAGACUUGAGUUUCUUAUUACGGAUUCUUAUUUUCUUAUUUUAACCGUCUCAAUUCCUGAUCUCCCCAGCAACUAAAAAGGAAACUUUUUUUUUUUUUUUUUUUUUUUUUGGUCAAGGCCUCUUUGACCGUGACUGGGACAAGAAUUCAGCCUUAUUACCCUUUGGGGUUCAUCAGACUUGAAAAACUAUUUCCUUAUCACCAAACCACACACACACACACCAACAAGGCCAUGUAAUCAUUUACAACAUUUAAUUGUGACAAUUAAAACUGUCUUGGACUGCAGAGAAAGCUCAGGUCCAACAUUUGCCUAGCAACUCGAGGCCCUGAUUUACAUCCCUGGUACCGGGGGUGGAAGGGUCGAUUAUGAAGAAUGAAUUAAAAGGUUGUCCUAGUGAGACAUUAUUGGCAUUUUUAUUAAUUUCACUUAAUUGGUUUUUUUUUUUUUAAAUCUAAAUUUCUCACUGCAAAAUGCAUUUCCAAAUCUUCCAGGAAGAUCGAGGAUUCUGGACUCUGGUUAUUCACCGACAGCCACAUCAAAUUCUGUCUUCAAAGUAGAGAUUUAGAAUCCAGACAUCUUUUUGUUUUAGACAAACAAGCAAAAAUUAUGUUGCAAGAUGGAUAGUUGCAAUGUUUCUUUGCUGCAGAUCAAAGGUUCACAAAUAUAUUCAAUUUACAGGUACAUGAGGUACCUUGAGAGAUUCCCCCAGCACACCUUGGGUUGUUUUCUCUUCAGAAAUUUUAAGCUCUGGUGUCAGGGUUUUUUUGGUUUGGAUUUUAGUUUUGGGGGGUUGUUUUGG